UUCCUGGAGGCACCUCCCGAGCGCGCCCGGUUUCAUUGGCGAGCGCGGGGCCCAGGGACCCGGAGACGCCCAUGGUCUGGGCCGGCCGCCUGCGCGCCCUGCCGCUCCGGAUCCUGUCGGGGCCGCGGCUCCGGGCCUGUGCCAGCACCAUGGCGCCGCCGCGCUUCUUCGCGCUGGAGCUCCCCGGCUGCACCUUGGCGCACUUCGCGGUGGGCGCCGACGCCCCCGGCGCGCCCGCCGACCCCCGAGUGGCCGAGCUCAUGGCCCCCCCGGGCCGCAGCUACUCGCUGUGCGUGCCGGUGGCACCGGGCGGGGACCCCGGGGCCCGGGUGCGCGCGGCCCGGCUGCACCAGCGCCUCCUGCAGCAGCUCGACCGCGGCCCCCUCAAGCGCUGCCAGCUGCACCGGCUGCUGUGCUACCAGCCCGGCGGCGGGGCGGGGACCCUGCAGCAGGGCGUCCUGCUCCACGACCCCAGCGACAGCCCCGACACCCGGCGCGCGCUGCUGGCGCUGCUGGACUCCUACCUGGAGGCCCCGCGCCCGAGUCUGGGCGAGUUCUUGGCCGACGACGCCACCCGCCAGCUGUGGCAGCGCCGGUGGGAGCUGCUGGACGGCCAGGGGUGGCGGCAGGUGGAGCCCGAGCCCGUGGGGCCUGCCCCGGAGCCAGACCUGCAUCCCGCGGUCCCCGACCUGCCCAGCGCCGGGGUCUUCCCCCACCGGGAAGCCGCUCGCGCCGUUCUGGAGGCGUGCACGGCCGUCAUCCCGGAGGCCCGGGCCAUGCUGGAGCUGGUGGACCGGUGCCCCGCCCGGGCCCAGAAGGGCGAGUUCCCUGUCAUUGUCAUCGAAGGACUGGAUGCCACAGGUAAAACCACCGUGACCCAGGCUGCUUCGGAGUCUCUCAAGGCCGUGCUCCUGCGCUCCCCGCCUGCUUGCGUCAGCCAGUGGAGGAAAGUAUUUGAUGACGAGCCUACCAUCGUUAGAAGAGCUUUUUACUCACUGGGCAAUUACAUCGUGGCCUCCGAAAUAGCCGAAGCAUCCGCCAGAUGCCCCGUGAUUGUGGACAGGUACUGGCACAGCACGGCCGCCUACGCCAUCGCCACCGAGGUGAGCGGGGCUGUCCGUCACCUGCCGCCGGCCCAGCACCCCGUGUACCAGUGGCCGAGGGACCUGCUGCGGCCCGACCUGGUCCUGCUGCUCACUGUGAACCCCGAGGAGCGGCUGCGGAGGAUCCGGGACCGGGGCCUGGAGAAGACCAGGGAGGAGACGGAGCUGGAGGCCAACAGCAUAUUUCGUCAGAAGGUGGAAGAGUGCUACCGGCGGAUGGACAACCCCGGCUGCCGGGAGGUGGACGCCAGCCCGCCCCGCGAAGAGGUCCUGCAGACGGUGCUGAGCCUGAUCCGGACCAGCUGUGGCUAGCGGCGGAGCCCCGGGCCCACGGACACGUGGGACCGAGCGUGGCCUUGUUCCCCACGUCUCCGCCCACGGCCGGCUGUGCACGUUUCCCGAUGGCUGCUGCGUAACCCUGUCGUGUGGCAGGAGACUGGGGACCGGACAUUCCACUUCAUGUCAAUCACUGUAUUGCUUCUGACCCAUGGGCCCCUGUAGCUGUAGACUGGUCACAUUCUAGGGAGAGGCGGGGGGUGGCUUUCUGCCUAGUGUAACCCACAUUUUCUUGGGAUGUAUUUUAGCUACUUCCUCCCCAAAGGCCUCCCAGGUUCUUGUCCCCCGGAAGGCAUGUGGUGUGUGCGGCCAUCAGUAAGGUGUUCCCACUCCACAGACGCCCCACCCCGGCCUCUGCCAGGCCGCCGCCCCUCCCUGGCUCCACGAGGAGACCUCAACACGGAGGGGUGACGGCUUUCCAGCCUGCCCGCACCCCGUCCGUCCUCCUGACUUAGCCAAGCACUCCCGCAGACCCGGCCCUGUGUCCCGGCUCCCACGGCGCUGGGCUGUGGGUCGGGGACACCUUCCCAGAAGCCAUCUGCCCACUGGCUGCCCCCAAAACCCUGACAGGGUCCUCUCCUCAGCCCUCUCGAGUCCACCGGGGAGACAGCCGGCCCACGACCCUCCCAGGACAGAUACACCCGCCCUCCUGGAACUGGUUCUGCUCACUUCGACUCCCGUCCUUCCUCUGCGAACAGGCCUUGGACACAGUGUGUGUUCUGCCCUGCCCCCGCCCCCGCCCCUGCCCCGGGUGCGGUGCACUCCGCCGACGCAGCAGCGGUGCAUUUAGACGGUGUUUCCCUGUCGUGCAGGGACGGUGGGUCACUGGCUGCAGUGCCAGCCAGCGGGGGAGCUGAGGCGAUGCCCGCUCCGUGCUUUCCCUCCACAGUGGACUGAGUUUGUCUUCCUGAGUGGAGCCUAGACUGAGGACUCUCGGUGAAUUCUCUCGCACGUGAGAGUCCGCUGGCCGCACGUGGAGUCAGGGUAGAGAUCUGUGUGGCUGGAGAACAGCCGCUCGGAGGAGGGGACCUUGACAGUUCUGUGGCCUUGGGCGAGUCCUGUAACACCAGCAGCCCGGGCCACUGGGUCUGCAGUGGGAGAACGACUCUCCAUUUGUCCUAAGGAGGUGGCCGGACCAGGCGGGUACCUCCAGUCUCCUCCAGUUCUCAGAUGGGUGAGCCUGUAAAUUGCUUAAGUCCCCAUCGGGGUUAUAAUAUGGGAUCCUAAAUGACAAUGGAGUUUAGCGUUAGCUACAGCAUACUCGUGUUCAAAAGGACAGCAGGUGAUUCAUACACGACCUAUCCGUGUGUAUAAAUAUGUAAUCGAUUCCAGUUGAGAACGUUUCUGAGGCUGAUAAGCAGUGUCGGGGUUCUUUGGGGGGGGCACCUGGCGAUGUGACUGGGGUGGACCCGUCAGGCGGCCUGGGGGGCCGGCUGCCUGGCGGAACACGCAUUGACGGCCUUCCCUGGGGGCCUCGCACACCAAUAAACUCUCUGUGUUUU